AUGGCUCAGCUUUUCACAAGAACGUGUUGGACCAGCCCUGUCACUAUCAUCAUCACCCACAUCAUCACCACCCGCCAUCUCUGCGCUGCCACCUCAGCAGCCACUAAAGCAAUCAUGUCGGACGAGGAAUUCAUUAUGGACGAUGCCGCCGAUGAGGACUACGAUUUCGAGUACGAAGAGGACGACGACCUCGACGACGCUGAUGCCGACAUUGAGAACCGCUACUACAACGCCAAAAGCAUCAAGGACGCAGACCCCGACGGUGCGAUACGCGAGCUCAAGGCUGUCGUUGAGGCUGAAAAGGAGAAGGGUGAUUGGGGAUUCAAGGCUCUCAAGCAACAGACCAAGAUCAACUUUCAUCGCGGCCAUCACGCCGAAGCACUCGAAUCGUAUACGCAGCUCCUCGCCUACACCAAAAGCGCCGUCACUCGCAAUUAUUCGGAAAAGUCGAUCAACAACAUCCUCGAUUACGUUUCCAAUGCCACUGAUGUAGGCCUCUCCACCAUGCAGUCCUUCUACGACGUCACCAAGUCCGCGUUGGAGGACGCAAAGAAUGAACGACUCUCUGUCAAGACCGACCUCAAGCUGGCACGAAUCUGGUUAGCGCGCAAGGAGUGGAAUCGUCUCGCAAAGUCGCUCAAGGAGCUUCGCGCCUACUGCACUAGUCAGGACGGUACUGACGAUCAGUCCAAAGGCACCAUCCUCCUCGAGAUCUUUGCGCUCGAGAUCCAGAUGUACGGCGAGGUGGCCAAUUUCAAAAAGCUCAAAGAGGUCUACAACUCUACGCUUCAAGUCAAGAGCGCCAUCCCGCAUCCACGCAUCAUGGGCGUCAUCCGCGAAUGUGGCGGCAAGAUGCACAUGUCGGAGAAGAACUGGGCUGCGGCGCAGGUCGACUUCUUCCAAGCCUUUCUCAACUAUGACGAAGCCGGAAGCACCCAGCGCAUCCAGGUGCUCAAAUACCUUGUGCUCGCUCACAUGCUCAUGGGUAGUGACAUCAACCCUUUCGACUCGCAGGAGACCAAGCCGUACAAGAACGAUCCCGAGAUUGUCGCGAUGACCAACCUCGUCGCUGCCUACCAGCGCAGAGAAGUGCACGAGGCCGAAAAGAUCUUGCGCGAGAACAAGCGCACCAUCCUCGAGGACCCUUUUAUCAAGGCUUACAUCGACGACGUUCUUCGAGGUCUGCGCACCCAAUAUCUCAUCGAUACCAUCAAGCCUUAUUCGCGCAUGCAGCUCGGAUAUCUGGCGCAGCAGCUCAACAUCGGCGUGGAUCAGGUUGAGGAUCUGCUCAUGUCGCUCAUUCUCGACGAAAGCAUCAAGGCUCGCAUCGAUCAAGUCGGUCAAUGCGUCGAACUCGAUCGCAGCGCCAACAGCUCGGGUAAACCCCAUUACCUGGCGCUUGGGAAGUGGAAUGCCGAAUUGGAUCGCAUCGGGUCUUCGGUCCACACCAAGCAUGCAUCCGGAGCAGCGAGCGGUUCCGGCGCCAGCGUCGGUGCCUCGCUGCUACGUAUGGGCAUGGGUCUGGGCGGAAUGGCACCCACGCCGCUCCGAUAG